AUGGAUUCAGGACUACAUAUUGAUGUUCAAGUAGCUCAAUAUAAAAUCGCCAGAGGAGGAAGCUAUAUAAAGACCCCUAAAAAGCCUGCUAAUACAAAGGGAACAAUAAAUCCUGAUAAUAGUGAAACAAAAGAUAAUGAACAUCUCAAGCAUGCAAUAUCAGCUUUUAAUGCACAUAGAAUUUCAAAAGUCCCAGUUAGCAAUCACAUAUUCAAAAAACUUGAAAAACUAAAUCCUGACUAUUAUUUCAAUGUAAAUGACUGGGAUGAUAAAUCAGGUAUGCAAUCUCUUAUAAUUUCAAAAAAUUAUACAAGAAAAUACAAGGUUAAUCUUCUAGUCCUCAAUGAAAAAUCUAUAGGUGGAAAGGAAAAAAUGCAUUAUUUAUGGAUUAAGAAUCCAAAUAAGCUUAUAUUCACAAAUACAAACCAUAAAGGUAAGAAGCAUUUAUGUACCCGAGGUGGGGAAUACUCCACAUCAGAAAAAACACUUAGAAAGCACCAAAAGUAUUGCCAUGGUCAUACAGAUGUGCCUCAAUUUACAGAGCUUCCAGAAAAAGGUAAAAAUGAUAAAUUAAGUUUCAAAAAAUGGAAGCAUAUGAUGAGAGCCCCUUGUGUAAUAUAUUCAGAUUUUGGAUCAUAUAACAAGAAAUGUCCAGAUGGAGCAGUAUACAGGGGGCAAAUUAAAAAAUUAACCAAGAAUGUUCCUAACAGCUAUCAUAUUAUAGUAAAAUGGAGUGAUGGGGAAAUAUGGUCAAAUGAAUAUCCUUAUAGAGGGGAAAACCCCACAGAAAAUUUAUUAAAGAGCUAG